AUUAUUUGUGCAUGAAAAACUGUUAAAACCCUCUAUAACUACCCCUUCUAUAUAAUAAGCUCUAAACUUUUUUCAAUCUCCCAUUCCUCUUCUCAACUUUAUAACUCUUCUUAGCCCAAAACAUCUACUCGAAACAGAAAUCGAAACCCCAAGAGAUGGAUAAGAGAUUAGUUAAUGUGUGUGAAGCAGGAAACAUAGAGGCAUUUUAUGCAUUACUUGAAGAUGAACCACAAAUUCUUGAUUACAUUGAUCAACUCCCAUUUACUAGAACUCCUUUACACUUAGCCAUUAUAGCAAGAAAAUUGGAAUUUGCUGAAGAAAUAGCAAGGUUUAACCCAUCUUACAUAACUAAAUUAGACAGUUUUGGGUAUAAUUCAGUCCAUUUAGCUGCACAAUUUGGUGAACUAGAAAUGGUAAGAAGUUUACUUGAAAAAUUGGACUUAAAAAAAGAGUUUUUAAGGGGUAAAGAGAAUAGAACUCCUCUUCAUAUUGCUGUGAUUUCUGGGAAGAUUGAAGUUGUUGAUUUUUUGGUAAGAAAUUAUGAAGCUUGGAUUAUGGAUUUGACUGAUAGAAAUGAAACUGUUUUUCACUUAGCAGUGAAGAAUAAACAGUUGGGUGUUUUCUUGUUCUUGCUUGAUUAUCUCAGAGUGGUUUUUGGUUCUUUUGAUGAGAAUAGAAUUGGAUUUGCUAAUGAUUUACUGAAUUGUAAGGAUGAGGAGGGAAACACUAUAUUGCAUUUGGCAAUCAUGAUGAACCAACAACAGGUGGUAGAAGCAUUGUUAGGCAGUUGUACCAACAAUUCAAAAGGAAUUCUUGGAGUAGAUGUAAACAGUUUGAAUAGGGUGAAGUCCACUGCUCUUGACAUCUUAUUACAAUUUCCACAAGGAAAAAGAGAUUCUAAAAUUGAACAAAUUCUUGUUCAAGCAGGAGCUAAGACAAGAGCCAAUAUAUCAUUACCUUAAUUGAUCGUCUAUCAUAUUUAAUAUAUUCCGCUCAUAGUAGUAGCUAUGACCAGUGUCUAAGGAUAAAACUACCUUAACUAAGUAUCACUUUUAAUUUGCCUAAAAAUGUUCAAAUUACCCAACCCUAAAGCCAUAAUAAAUCACAAUUAUUAGGAUUAUAUUUAAGGGUUGAUCUUAGAUUAUAUUUGGCAUUUUUAGGUACUUUGAUAUUGGAGU